AUGUCGGCCGCCAUCCAAGUCCUCCACACGACGGAGUUGCUGGAACAGAUUCUCAUCAACGUCACCGACCCGAAGACGCUGUUGCUAGCCCAGCGAGUCGACAAGUUCUGGAGUGAAGUCAUCGGUAAGGACUCUCUGAAGCUUCAGAAGAAGCUCUUCUUCGAACCCGCCACUCACGAGGAAGUCGUGUCGCUCUGCAUGAUCCCGACGUACGAUGAGAUCUGGGCCGAAACGUGCGGCAAGUACAAUCUCUACCCCUUCGUGCACUUGAAGCAUCUCUGCAACAAUCGUAUCGAGGAAUUGUCUCCAUCUAUCAGCUUCGCCCGCUACAAUCCUCUCGUCAUCGGCGACGUCCUGAGCUUGACAUUGUCGGACAAACUCAGAGCUCCAGUCGGGAAUGGAUCAGUCACACCAUCUUGGACUCGCAUGCUCAUUUCGCAGCCUCCGAUCGCAAAGAUCGAAGAGGAAUAUCGCUCAAGGCUCGACUACCUUGAGAGCGGCACUCUACAGCAGAUUAGACAUCUCCCUGCCGAAAAUCUCUCGAUCAAUGGUCGUGCUGCCCCAUCUAAGAGCUUCGAAAACGCCUUGCAAUGGGAGCAAGAGAUAUUGCCCGACGAACUAUGGCCCCAGAGUCGCCACUCGUCUCUGUCAUCGUCUUCUGAAGACGAAAGCGACUACGACGAAAACGGCUAUUACGACGAGGAGUACUUGAAUGACGUUCGCUACAACCAGGAGCCGCAGGAAUAUGCACAGGAAGAUUUUGAGGAGUAA